GAAGGAAGUCUAACAAACAAGAGAGGAGCGAUCAUCAGAAGGAGAAGGAUCUCUGAGAUUCCGAAGAACCUAAUCUCGUAAUUUCAAUCGCCCCUGAUCUAGGAAGCUCGAUCUUCUUCGAUUCGCGUUUUCAUCAGCAAACAGAGAACUUCACCUUUCUCCAUGGUGCUGGUACUGGCAUUAGGGGAUCUCCAUGUACCCCAUAGAGCGGCUGAUCUACCCCCAAAGUUCAAAUCGAUGCUUGUUCCUGGCAAGAUUCAACACAUCAUCUGCACUGGCAAUCUCUGCAUCAAAGAAAUCCAUGACUACUUGAAGACUAUAUGCCCUGAUUUGCAUAUAGUUCGUGGGGAGUUUGACGAUGAUGCACGCUACCCUGAGAACAAAAUCUUGACUAUCGGUCAGUUUAAGCUGGGACUCUGCCACGGCCACCAGGUGAUCCCAUGGGGUGAUCUAGAUUCACUAGCCAUGCUUCAGAGACAACUCGACGUGGACAUACUUGUAACAGGCCAUACCCACCAGUUCACAGCCUACAAACACGAGGGAGGAGUUGUGAUAAACCCAGGCUCUGCUACUGGAGCUUAUAGUAGCAUAAACCAAGAUGUUAACCCGAGCUUUGUUCUUAUGGAUAUUGAUGGUCUUCGUGUUGUGGUCUAUGUCUAUGAGCUCGUCGACGGAGAGGUUAAAGUCGACAAAAUCGAUUUCAAGAAGAUCUCCACUUCCAACUCUGCUCCUUAGCGUAUUUUACAAUCUGAACCCCGUUUUUCUUAUGUUUUCGUUUGGAAUCACUCGUGAAAUUUGGAACUUUCUUUAGCGUGCUUGUGAAAAUAAUCCUUAAAGAUUUGGAAAUUGGACCACUGAUAACAAUGUUUUGCAAGUCACUUGAAGUUGAUAGACCUGGUUAAUGUGUUGACAGAGAAGUUAAAGCUGUUCUUUAAAUUCUGAUUAAAAGAUAAGAUUGACUUUUUCACCAGGUCAUCAUAUUUUGAAGUUUCUAUAUUCAAUUGUCAAUAGAGAGUUCAUAUAACAUUAUGC